CGGACGCGCGCUCCUCCCCUAAUCGUCCACCGGCGCAGCCUCAGCGUGAGGGAGGAGGAUGAGGAAGCUCAAGUUCCACGAGAAGAAGCUCCUCAAGAGGACCAACUUCCUCGAGUUCAAGCGGGAGGGCGGCCACCGCGAGGCCGACGUCACGCAGCGCUACAGCCUCGUGGAGAGGGACGACUACAAGAAGUACAAUGGGAUCUGCUGCAUGGCGCAGAAGCUCGUCAACAUUAUAAAGCAGAUGGAUCCGAGGGACCCCUUCAGGAUCGAGAUGACGGACAUGCUCAUCGAUAAGCUGUAUAAUAUGGGUGUAAUUCCCACAAAGAAGAGCUUGGUCAAAUGCGAGAAUCUUUCAGUGAGCGCCUUCUGCAGGCGGAGACUUGCAACAGUUAUGGUGAAGCUCAAGUUUGCGGAGCACCUUAAAGAGGCUGUCACCUACAUUGAACAAGGGCAUGUGCGUGUAGGCCCAGAAACGGUCACCGAUCCAGCUUUUCUUGUAACCAGGAACAUGGAGGACUUCAUCACCUGGGUGGAUACCUCGAAGAUCAAGAAGAAGGUCAUGGAGUAUAAUGGUGCAUUGGAUGAUUAUGAUGCCAUGAUUUGAGUAUGAGUUGAGUAGAAAUUUUGGGAGAAUCAGUGGUUCGGUGUAGCUACUUUUGUGAUACUUAAAAAAAAACCCUGAAUCUGAGGCUGCCACAUAUGUUGUGGUAGUAUCUGUUGCAAAGCUACUUGUCCCUCUUACUGUUGUCUGAUGAAGCUAAACGGUUGUAUUGUGCAAAUGCCUAAUGAGUUCAUACUUACAUCA